AUGGCUUUUGCGGCUGUAACAAUUUUAAUGGAUACACUCCACCAACACUUCCUCCAACCCACUCCUCGUUUUCCUCUUCGCAACAAAACAAAGGUCAAAUUACUUUACAAACAUCUUUCUUCUUUGCAAACCUCUCUUGAACAAGAUUUCAAAGUGGGGGAGUAUGAUGAAGCACUGAAAGCUUUGGAAGCACAAAUGAGAGAUGUCUCCAUUGAACUAAGGUUCCAAAUUGAACACGAAUUGAGAUUGUUUUACCUGGGGAAAUCCAUGAAGCUUAGGCUUCACUCUGCUAAAAAGCUUCUUCCAAUCUUCACUCGGGCAAAAGAAGACAUAGAAAGUAUAUAUAGGGAUUUGAAUGAAGACGACAUAGAAACUAUGGAUUUGGAAUCUUUCGUGUUGAGGAUGGUAGAAAGUCUGGAUUUUAAUGAACACAGAAAAACUGCGUAUUUUGGGGUAGAGUUUGCACGGAAGUACGUGACGCUGCCAGUAUCCAAGAAGCUUAGGCUUCGCUGGGCUCAAGAGUUUUUUCACACUUUGAAUGGAGUAGUUAAAGGUGGCGAUUUGAAAUAUGUGAUGGAGAUGCUGUGGAAGCACUUCACGCUGCCGGGGAGAGAGGAUGAACCGGAGACAAUAAAGGAGGAGACUGAGGAUGAAUGGGAGAGCGAGGAUGAGCAGGAGAUCGACGAUGAACCGGAGACAGAGGAGGAGACUGAGGAUGAACAGGAGACAGAGGAUGAGACUGAGGAUGAAUGGGAGAGCAAGGAAGAACAAAAGAAUAAUGAUGAACAAAGGAGCAAGGAUGAACAGGAGACUAAGGAUGAAUGGGAGAACAAGGAAGAACAAAAGAGUGAGGAUGAACAGGAGGAGAGUGAUGAUGAACUGGAAACUGAGGCAAGAAUUGAGAGCCCCCUCUUAUCUCAAUAA